GCCGCCUUCCCGCAGCCGUUGCUUCGUCUCCAGCCACCAGCUCUUCUGCUGUCUUCUGCUAGUGCCGGACCUCGACGAGUAACGAACUCAGCGAAAUGGUUGCUCGGGUGCUCCUUUUGGCCUUUAUGCUGUUUGCCGUGGCCCAAGCAAUUUCUCUCUACGAUAACGUUUACGAAGAAGAACCAAUCUCUGGUGGGCGCCAGCUGACGGGAGGCGUCCAAGCCGUCGCUCAGCCCGAGUCGUUCGCACUCGGAAGUCGCUACGGCAAGAGAAACGGGAACGCAGACGAUGGAACCAUGAACGUUGCCACCAGAGAUGCAGACAACUCUGACAGCGAGGACCGUCAGUCGGUGGCAAAUUACGUCGUCUUUCUUGACAACUGUUUGUGUUCCUGCAAGAAGCCAUCUGGUGGUCUAAACUAGGACAGUCACUGGACCAAGAAACGUAUUUGCACCAUAUUUACUCACUAUCUAUGUACAAUGUAAUCUGAAAUAAUUCACAAAUGCACAAAUAAAUUAAAG